AUGGAUUAUUACUAUGCAAGCAAUGAUUACACCAAUCACAAGCAUAAUUAUUUGCAAGCUUUUAGCACCAAUGGAGCCAAAUCUAUUGCUAAAUCAAGACCAGAUGGACCAGGGCUCGACAUGGACAGCUUUUGCCAUCUCACGGAUCUUUGUAGCGUGGUCAAAUACUUCUUGCACUUUUCUUAUUUUCAUUAUCCCAUCAAAGUGUGGCAAGUGGACUUCCAGCAAACUAGCCCAGUUGCUCUAGCUGUCAAUGGGGAGAUACCAAGACCUCCAGAUGCAAAACAGCCAAUAAAAACAGCAACUGAAGAGAAGUUAGGGCCCACACCAAAUAAGGCUCAAGCUAAAGACAGGAAUGUGACACCUGCAGCAAGUUUAAGCCAACCUGAAGCUUGGGAUGCAACUCCAACAUCGGAAAAACGAGUUGAGAAGCAUGUUUUGCCAACAUCCAGCCCAGAGGAAGAAAAACAUAAAGGUGUAGUGCCAAAACAGCAAGGAGGAAAGCAAACAGAGGCUAAAGAUGUGAUAUCCACAGCCAGCCAAAAGCCGGCCGAGGGAAAGGAUGUACUAAGAGCAUCCAGUCAACUGCAGCUAAAAGAGAAAAAUGUCACACCACCAUCCAGAGCAAAGCAAACCGAGAGGACACGAUCCAGACAUAGAGACACAGCUAAAGAGAACUCUAACAAAGUUGAAUCACUCCCCACCGUUAUAGAUCGCAAUGUUUCUGCAAUGACAGCUCAAAAAGUCACAAAUCGAGUUCCUACAGCAACUCCUCACAAAAGGUUUAAAGCAUCUGACUACAAAAUUCAGCCCCACUGGGACUUUGAGGAUGAGUAUGUCCUGGAUAAUUCCACCCGACAAUCAAGCUGUCCUGAUUCUCUGCGGCUCAAGGCUGCCAAAUCCGAUUGGCUGAAGAACGUUUUUCUGCCCAACAUCACGCUCUUCAUGGACAAGAGUCACUUCAGUGACAGCGAAUGGAACCGCUUGGAGCAUUUUGUCCCGCCUUUUGGAUUCAUGGAACUAAAUUACUCAUUGGUAAAAGAAGUCAUCUCAAUGCUUCCUCAUAAACCCUACCAUCAAGUUCUCUUUGCACGCAACAGCAGCCAGGCUUCCAGAUGUAUCACCUGUGCAGUUGUAGCAAAUGGGGGCAUAUUGAACAACUCCAGAAUGGGCCAGGAGAUUGACUCCCAUGAUUAUGUGUUCCGAGUGAGCGGGGCCGUGGUCAAGGAUUAUGAGAAAGAUGUGGGAACGAGGACAUCCUUCUAUGGAUUCACAGCCUACUCCUUAGCAUCUUCUGUUGCAAUACUGGGCCGUCGAGGAUUCAAGAAGGUGCCCAUCGGAAAGGAGAUCAAGUACCUCCAUUUCCUGGAAGGGCACAGAGAUUACGAAUGGCUGAAAGCGCUUCUGCUGAACACGAGAGUCAGGAAGGGAUUUUUGGACAUCUAUGGGCCAAGGCCUCGGGACAAAUUUGAUAAUGAUUUCAGCCUGGAUAAAUACUUUGUGAUUCAUCCAGACGUUCUUAGAUACAUGAAAAACAGGUUUUUAAACUCCUCAAGUCUACACAAAUCUUACUGGAGGAUCUAUAGACCCACAACAGGUGCUUUCCUUCUAUUAACUGCACUCCAGCUCUGUGACCAGGUCAGCGCUUAUGGUUACAUCACAGAAGGCUACCAAAACUAUUCCGAUCAUUAUUACGACAAGGAAAAGAAGAAGCUAAUCUUCUACUCCAACCAUGAUUUUGAUCUGGAACGGAGGGUAUGGAAAAAACUUCAUGAUGAAAACAUCAUGAAGCUCUACCAGCGAUCUUGACCAAGAUAGAACUCGGAUGGUUAGCUUUUUUUUCUUUUCUUUUUUGGCUCGGAGACAGAAACUUUGGAAGCAGGGCUGU